AUUCCAACACAACCAACUUCAACAACCCCCCCCACCUUCAUCCUGAUGGGCAUUCCUGGCCUGGAGACGGCCCAUGUCUGGAUCUCCAUCACCUUCUGUGCCAUGUACAUCAUAGCCAUCUUGGGGAACUUCACCAUCCUGUUCAUCAUGAAGAGGGAGCCGAGCCUCCAUGUCCCCAUGUUCUAUUUCCUCUGUAUGCUGGCCGUCAGUGACCUGGUCAUGUCCACAUCCACCCUACCCAAACUGCUGAUCAUCUUCUGGUUCAAUUCCAGGGACAUGGAUUUCAGUGCCUGCCUCACCCAGAUGUACUUCAUUCACUGUUUUACAGCAAUGGAGUCUGGGAUUUUCGUGGCCAUGGCUUUGGAUAGGUAUGUGGCCAUCUGCCAUCUGCUGAGACAUUCCACCAUCCUGACAAACCCUGGGGUGGCAAAGAUUGGCCUGGCCAUGGUGAUGCAUGGCAUCAUGCUCAUACUGCCCCAUCCUGUCAUUGCCAGACGGUGGCCAUAUUGCAGAACCAACAUCAUUCCUCACACGUACUGCGAACACAUGGGUAUGGUGAAUCUGGCCUGUGCCAACAUUGGCAUCAGUAGUUACUAUGGUCUCUUUGUGGUAUUCUCUGUGAUCAAUCUGCAUAUUUUUUUUAUUGCUGUGUCCUAUACUCAGAUCCUCAGGCCCAUCUUCAACUUCCACACAAAGGAUGCCCGGCUCAAGACCUUUGGGACCUGCAUCUCCCACCUCUGUGUCAUCUUAGCCUUUUACAUCCCAUGUCUCUUCUCUUUCCUCACACACUGGUUUGGCCACAAUGUGCCUCUGUAUUUCCACAAUCUCAUGGCCAACAUGUACCUCUUGGUGCCCCCCAUGCUGAAUGCCAUCAUCUACGGGGUGAUGACCAGGCAGAUCCGGGACAGUCUGCUCUGUCUUUUUACUGAUAAAGGGGCCUAAAGUUUUCUCCUGGUGCUCUGGCUCUGAGACCGAGGUCCAUGCAGAGCUGGUCAGUGACAUGGAGCUGGGCCCCCUUCCCUGAAUCACCUGCUGGACAGUCAAAGAGACACUAAAUCCUUUGCUGACCUUAUUGUGCGGUAUCAGGAUGAUAAACUCACAUUUGGUUUACGUACAACUAAUUGGGCUGCCCCCUUUGCUACUUGCCCCGAGGUUCCUCCCUCCUCCUCCAAGGUCCUAUCCUGGUGACUUGCUCGUCUCCUCUCCUCCCCCAUCACUUGCUGGAUCAUCUCUGUUGGGUUUGUCUUUGGACACGACAGACAGACAAGUAAUUAGAGUUUCCUCUGUCUUCAGACAUGACCAACGGACAAACUGUAAUGCACAGAGACUGGAGUCUUCAGUUACAGAUCUGAGUUUAUUGUGGCAGGAGCUUAGCCUGCAGAAACACUUUUUCCCCUCUUGCACAUCCCAAGGAGUGAGUCCAGAUGUUUGUUAGAUGUCCCUCCUUUGUUGUAAGCAU